UAAAACUUCAUAAAUAAAUAAUUUAAAGUAUGAGUGCUUAUUUACAAUGUAGACUUUGUGCUGAAUGGAAAUUAACAAAUGAAUUAAUAAAUAUUAAAAAAGAAGAAGCGAUUCAAUUAAACUUAGAAACAAAAAUACAACAAUGCUUAAAUUUAAAUUUUGAUAACACACAACUACCCAACAAUGUUUGUUUAUUGUGCUGUGACAAAGUUGGGUCUACGUAUGAAUUUCAGGAACUUGUAAAGAAAGCGCAACAAUGUUUAUUAGAAGCAAUUGCAGAGAAAACAAUCGACUUAAAAGUGGAAUUACCUGAAGCAGAUAAUGAUUCAUAUCAAUAUGUUGAAACAGUACUGAAUGAUUUUGACGAUGAUGAUGUUUCGGUAAAGGAAGAAGUUAAAGAUGAAAAAAGUUUUCAAACAUCUAAAGCUACCGAAUUAAAUAAUGAUUCUCGUGUAAAAGUAGAAGAGAAAACAGAGAAAAUACAUUCAAAACGUGGUCGAAGAAAACGUUUAAAAAAAUCCUCAGUGUUAGAUCCAGAAGUUGUGAAGCGAAAAGCAAAACGAACCGCUUUAAUUCAACGCAUUAAAGAUGAAUGGAAAACUUACAAAUGGAAAUGCGUAGUAUGUGGAAUUGAAUGUCCUUCUGUAGAAAAUUUACGAAAACAUUUCACCGAUGAUCAUAAACAAAAACCAAUUUAUAGUUGCAAUGAAUGUUCUAAGACUUACGAUUUAUAUACUACUUUCAGAAAACAUGUAGGGAAACAUAGAAAUAGAUAUAAUUUUAAGUGUGAUAUAUGUUCACGAUAUUUUUAUCAACCAUAUCUAUUAAGAUUACAUUUACGAAGUCAUUCCGAUGAAAAGAACUAUACAUGUCCAAAAUGUGGGAAAAAUCUUAAAACUGCGGAUAAUUUACAAAGGCAUUUACGAUUACAUCAACCAGAUUUAAGACAGAAAUAUGAAUGUGAUAUAUGUAAAAAGAAAUUAGCCACCACGUCAAGUUUAUUAUAUCAUCAGAAAACAGUACAUUUAGGUAAACGAGAUUUUAAUUGUGAUCAAUGUGGAAAAAUGUUUUCAACACGUACUCAAUUACAAGGUCAUUUAAAUACAGUACACUCAGAUAUAAAACCAUUUACUUGUGAUCAAUGUCAACGAUCGUUUAAAACUCGACGUAUACUAAAAGUUCAUUUACAAGUGCACAGUGAUGAAAAACCACAUUCGUGCGAAAUAUGCGGAAAACGAUUUACAAGAAAGGAAACUUUAUCUCGACAUUCUUCUGUUCAUACUGGUGUUUUGGCUUUCGAAUGUGAAUAUUGUCAUAAACGAUUUCGAACAAAACCACUUUUAAAGGUACAUAUCAGGCAACACACAGGCGAACGUCCCUACUCAUGUUUAGAAUGUAAUCAUCAUUUUGCAAACGAUUCCAAUUAUAUCAAACAUAUGCGAGGGAAACAUGGUGUAAUGAGUACGAGAAAAAAUCCACCACCGAUUGUUGAGAAGAAUAAAAUGGAAAUGGUUUAAAAUCAAAUAUGCAUUCUUGGUUCCAACACUAUUCAUUGAUUGAUAUUUCCAAAUUAAUUUCAUUCGUACGGUCUAGAACCAGCAACGCUGCACAUAUUUGCUGGUGCAGAAGUGAGACACCAAGGGGUGUGACAUUCAUAUUUUCACCUGUACCAUGCAAAAUUAACGCCAUGGUGCUUAAAGUUACUUUUACAUAUAGGAGCAUCUUUUUCAACAUGAUUCCUGGUGGGUCUUUUCACCCGAAUUUCAGCAUGGGCUUGUGGGUCUAUGAGUAAUAAUGUUGAAGAUCAUGUAGCUGAAAAAAGGACCAAGUUUUUAAGAAUACAAUUUUUUUUUUUAAUUAAAAGUAACUUACUUUUUUAAUAUAGAAAAUUUUUUCAAAAAUAUAACUAGUUUGUUCGAAUGUGAUAAUUUUGGUAUUAUCAGUAAAAACAUAUUUUUCAUUCCCGAACCAAAAGAAGGAUGUUUUUUGGUGAAGUUUUUUGGUUGAAUGGUAAAGUUCGAUCACUAUGGAUGUCUGUGUGUCUGUGGCAUUGUAGCUCGUAAACAGAUUAAACGAUUUUGAUUAAUGGAGAGUAUUCUUAACUAUGUUUCAAUGCGAGUUUAGGGUUUCGUACCCGAAACAACUAAAAAAGA